UUGCGCCGCGAGGCCCGUCAACGCCGGGAGUACCUCUACCGCAAAGCGCAGGAGGAGAAGCAGCGCGCCAUCGAGGAUAAAAAGGAGAGACUCAAGAAAGCCUUAGAUGAGCGGAUUUCUGGGCGCUGCUUCUUUGCCACCAGUGUUGAUGCUGGACCCAGCGUAAGCAGAGACUAAGGCAGAUUGAUCCAGACUCUGGAUUUUUGACCCAGCCAAAGCGCAAGCUGGACUGGUCCUGCCUCUCCCCAGUUCAGCUUUAAUCCUCCCCCACAGAAAAUCGGCUCAUCCCCACCGAGCUCCGGAAGGAAGCUUUGGCCCUGCAAGGGGCCUUGGAGUUUGACGACAAAGGCGGAGAAGGUGUGUGCAGCCAUGUGGACGAUGAAUACCGUUGGGCUGGAGUGGAAGACCCCAAGAUCAUGAUCACCACCUCCCGAGAUCCCAGUUCCCGCCUCAAGAUGUUUGCCAAGGAACUGAAGUUGGUGUUCCCAGGGGCCCAGCGCAUGAAUCGGGGGCGGCACGAGGUGGGCUCGCUGGUCCAGGCCUGCAAGGCCAACGGCGUCACCGACCUGCUGAUGGUGCACGAACACCGUGGGACGCCUGUCGGGCUCAUCGUAUGCCACCUGCCCUUUGGCCCUACCGCCUAUUUCACACUCUGCAAUGUGGUGAUGCGGCAUGACAUUCCAGAUCUGGGCACCAUGUCCGAGGCCCUGCCCCACCUCAUCCUGCACGGCUUCUCCUCCCGCCUCGGGCAGCGGGUCUCCGGCAUCCUUAAGUAUCUGUUCCCGGUGCCCAAGGAAGACAGCCACCGCAUCAUCACCUUUGCCAACCAGGAUGACUAUAUUUCCUUCAGGCACCACGUGUACAAGAAGCCCGAUCACCGCACCGUGGAGCUGUCAGAAGUAGGGCCCCGGUUUGAGAUGAAGUUGUACAUGAUCAAGCUGGGCACGCUGGAGAACGAGAAUACGGCUGAAGUGGAAUGGCGCUGGCAUCCUUACACCAACACUGCCCGCAAGAGGAAGUUCCUGAGUGUGGAGUAGGAGUCUCUCCCUCACCCCCCACACUCCUCUCUCCUCCGCUCCACCUGACUCUCCCGCCCGACGGGGCUCCACCCGGUUGCGGCGGCGGUUCCCCACUUCCCUGCAGGGAGGAACCGGAGCCGCCGUGUUCUGGGACACAGACUUUAUUUUCCUUCAUUGUCAGUACAAUAAAGACAGUCUCUCAUUGAAA